UUUUGCAGUUAACAUACUGUUUCAAAAUAUUAGAAUUUUCAACGUGAAAAACAAAACUGUUUGGAUAGGUGCUCUGCAUUUCCAGAUAAUAGGCGAUCGACAAGCGUUUCCAUGUUGGCAUACAAAUAAUUUAUCGUUAGAAGCAACCUUUAACAUUUCUUUAGGAUGUCACAACUGCACGAGUUUAUCAAAUAUGCCAUUGCGAAAUACGGAAAGAGAUAAGUACAAAUUGGAAUGGAAACACUACACUACCACACCUGUAAUGUUAACUCAUCAUGCAAGAAUGGUUAUGUCUAAUUACCUAGUCCUUCUUGAUUUCAAAACUCAAAACAUUAAAAUGUGGUGCAGAUUUGAAAAUCAAUUUUACAUGGAAUUUGCAAAAAAUGUAACUGAAAAUAUCACGUUGCAUUUUCAACAUACAUGGAAACGUUCGGACAAAAUUUGGAACGUGAAUCAUGUUGUAAUUCCAAAUUUCUCUGACAAAAACAUAACAGUUCUCGGACUUGUUUUUUAUAGGGAAACAGAUAUUAUCUACAAUAAAAAUGUAUAUCCUAUUGCUAACAAAAUCGAAGUAACUCAAUCAGUAGGACGUAAAGUUACACAGGAAUGGUUUAAUAACAUGAUGAGCAAUCCACUUGUGUCGGAUUUUUGGUUUAAAAAAGGUUUUACUACAUUGCUUGCAACGUAUACUGUCAAUAAGAUUUAUCCUGAUUAUCAAAUAAUAAAUUUAUUUGUUGUUCAAAAUCAACAUUACUCUUUUAAUUUGGAUAGUUAUUAUAUGUGGCCUUCUACUUCAAAAUUUAACAGUUUAUCAGAAAUUCCAAAUUCUAUCAGAGCACCCUUUAUACUGCGCAUGAUGCAACACGUCCUCACAGAAGAAAUAUUUCAGAAAGGCAUAAGGAGAUAUAUACAUCUCAACGUACAUUAUAUAGACUUUGUGGAACAUAUGAGACAAACUGCUUCAAGAAUAAAUCCAUUAGUAGAUAUAGGUAGUAUGGAUAAUUGGGCUUCGGAAAAGCAUUGUCCUAUUGUUAAAGUAGUACGAAAUUAUAGGAAUCCUAUAAGCCAAACAAAAGUAUGGAUACAAUAUAUCGACUUAUUAAAAAAUCGCUGUAUUCCUGUAACUUUUACUACGCAAGAGUUUCCCGAUUUUAACAAUUUUACUCAUCAUUUGCUAUGUCAAUCUAUAAGAGAGUCACGGGAUUUUGAAUUAUCAUUACCAUUUAAAGAAAAUGGUUGGAUGAUAUUCAAUAUACAACAAAUUGGAUAUUACCGCGUGAACUAUGAUGACGAGAAUUGGCAAAGAAUUAUAAACUAUCUACAUUCUAGUAAUUACAAGAAAAUUCAUGUUCUUAAUCGUGCCCAAAUUAUCGAUGAUGCAUUUUAUUUAAUGAUAACAGGUCAUAUCAAAACCUCUAUAUUUUUGAAUAUCAUGCCCUAUUUGUCUGAAGAAGAAGAUUAUAUAGCAUGGUAUCCUAUGUUUAAAGCUCUGGAAUACAUGUUUGGUACUUUUUCUGUAAUCAUACUGGAAACAAUAUUUAAGGAUUUUACGAGUAGAGCAUGGUUUAUAUUAGCCGGAAUACUUCUAAAAAUCAAAUAUGAAGAAAUUGAUGAUACAGACAAACUUAGAAACUGUUUACGACAAGAAGCUGCAAAAUGGGCAUGUGUUCUUGAUGACAUUACUUGUAAGGAAGUAGCCAACAAGAAAUUAAAACAACAUCUCCAAGAUCCUACAAAACACAAACUUUUGCCAUGGUGGAAGGAAUGGACAUAUUGUAAAGGUUUGAAAAUAACUACCAAAAACGAGACCACAUGGGAAUUAAUGCACACUAUAGGAUUGGAAAAAUCUGACACUAAAUUUUUUGAAUAUUUGGCUUGCCCUGAAGAUAUUAAUCUCAUCAAAAAGUAUUUAGACGAUAUAAGAUAUAAACAGUACAAUUCUACAGAACAGAAAUAUCAAUAUCAUCUUAAUGGUUUUUUCCAUAUUAUUACGAAGCAUGCGAAGAAUCAAAUUAUACUGGACUACAUAUUAGAUCAUUUUAACGAAAUAAGACCAAAAAAUGUUCAUUUAACUGCAGCAAUAAUUAUUAUUAUUAAUAACGUAUAUUUCGAAAAUCAAACUCAGCAAAUAUUAUACAAGGAUGAAUAUUUUAUAGAAACUAACUUAGUUGAAAUAAAUAACACAGGAGAUAGAUUUAGAAGACAUCAAAUGAAGGAGAUGAGUGACACUGUGAUAGAUAAAAGUUACUUUUAUUACAGAUAUGAACAAAAGAUAGUAACUCGCAACAAUGAAAUCAAAAACACAAACAUUAUUUUAAAUAUGAUUAAAUAUAUUAUUAAGGAUUGUUGA